AUGGUGAAUGCAAGCGAAUGGUUAAAUCAAAAAAUUCCGAAAAAUCAAAGAGCACAAGCAACAUCUCUUUAUAUUUACGUACAAUGUCAAAGUGGUCAUAACGUCAACGCCUACAAUUAUAAUUGUACUUAUUGCACAAAUCCAAAUCAAUAUCAAAACAAUAAUUCUACCCCUCCAACUUACCAAUUCUAUAAUGUUAUUUUGGAAUCAGAGUUAAAUCUUAAUGACUUUAUUAAUUUGCAGCAACUAUUUAUCCAAGGUAAUGGGCAACAACAGCAUAAGUUAACUAAUUUGAAGAUCGAUAAAUGUAAUAAGUUAACUACUCUGACAAUUACUUAUACCACUCUUAAUAAUUUAAAUAUUAAAGAGAAUUCUGCUCUCCAAAACGUUAACUUGACUUAUAAUCAAUUAGGUCAUUUAAGUUUAUGUAGUGAACCAAAAUAUCAAAAUCUUAAUUUAGGCUACAACCAAAAAAUCGUGUUCGAUUCAGAUGAUAAAUCGAAAGAUCAAGUAAAAAGAUUAAUUGGUGCGAUUCGAAAAGUUAAGAGCACUGGUAUUGUUGAUUUAAAAUUAGUGGCUAAAAAAAUUGAAGAGGAAAUUUUGGAGUACCAAUUAGCUGUUACUAAAGAUAAAUUGAGCAAAGAUAAUCAAUCAUGGUUAGAACUUUUAUUAGAAACACAGGAAGAAGUUUUACAAAAUGACAACACUUUUGCCCGAAAACUAUUAGAAAAAGUUAAAAAACAAUUAUCCGAUGUGUUAACUGCUGAAGAAAUCCAAGACUUCUUAGGCAAAAAAGUGGAGCUUAAUGAAUUGGAAAUUCAAAUAAAUGGUCUCAAAAUUCAAGAGCAAGAAACUUCCAAAUAA